AUGGCUUUAACACUGCAUGAAACAGUUCCAGGUCAUCAUCUACAGGGAGCUUACCAAUUAGAAAGCAGUCUACCAAAGUUUCUGAAGAAUGCCGAUUAUGAUGCGUAUUAUUCUGUACCUUACCACUUUCCCUUCUAUACAUCAUAUGUAGAGGGUUGGGGUUUGUACGCUGAAUCACUCGGUGAAGAUAUGAAUGUUUAUAAAACUCAUUUAGAUUUAUUUGGUCGUUAUGGAUUUGAAAUAUUUCGAGCGUGUCGUUUGGUAGUUGAUACGGGACUUCAUUAUUUCAAGUGGACAAGACAACAAGCUAUUCAGUAUAUGGUCGACCACAACACAAUAUCACUGGCAGAAAUAGAGUUAGAAAUAGAUAGAUAUAUAACAUGGCCCGGCCAAGCUUGUGCUUAUAAAAUAGGAGAACUGAAAAUUAGAGAACUACGAGAGAAGGCUAAAGCUGCACUAGGUGAUAAGUUUGAUAUAAAAGAAUUCCACUCAAUGAUUCUGACCUCCGGACCCAUGCCUUUAAAUGUACUCGAGACCAUCAUCAACGAUUGGAUAACAGAUCACAGACAAACAUUAAUUGGAAAAUAA